AGUUGUCAGUUUUAUGUUAAAAUCUCAACCCUCGUGUAUUUUGUAAUGUCUGGAAGCGAAAAUUAUAUUUCAUAUGUGUCUCUGUAGAUUUCUUCAAUUUUACUUCAUAAAGAUAGUUUAUAAAAUACACUUUUAUUUAAAAUCUGCCGUGUGGUCUGUCCAUGAUAUCACACCGCUAGAGCUCAUCUCCAUGGCAACGGGACAUCAACAACACCUGCUAACAGUGUUAUAUUAGCUAAUAUGGCGGAGAUGACGAUGGAAAAAGCCAAACAUACACCUAAACGAGUUUUUAUCAACAACAUAGACUCAUACGCGUCCAAAUGUAUUGCCAAGUUUUUGUCGGAGUGUGUGGCUGGAGCUCCUGCUGCCUCUGAUGGAGAGAUGGAGACUGAGGAAGAGGAGGAGAGGAUGAUAGCAGGAGCUUUUCAGAUUGUUGGAACAGUUUCUGACAGGUCUGAGGAGGACAGACCUUAUAUGCAGGAGGAGUACUUUCAACUGAACAGGGAUGAGCUUCUUCCAAAACUGAUGGAGUGUGAUGUUAUCAUCUACAACAUUACCCAGCAUGCCGAUCAAGUAGAAGAGGCCCUCUGGGCUGUUUCAGCCCUCCACAACAAAAUUGGCAAUUUUACUGGACAGAAGACAUUCAUCCUCGUCUCUACGGUGAUGACCUGGGCAUGCAGCAAGCCAGUCAACUUCGAUGAUCUGGAGCUUCCUUUCACUGAUGAGGAUUUCAGGAGAAGAAGAGCACAUCCCAACUUCAAACAACACAUUGACCUGGAGAAGAGGGUGGUCAAAAUGGGCAAAACUGACAGAUCAUUGUUCUCUACAUACGUGGUGGCAUCAGGACUUCAGUACGGGAUGGGAGAGCAGGUCUUCCACUUUUUUUUCAAGAUGUCGUGGCUGGGCAAAGAAAAUGAAAUACCUGUGUUUGGAGAGGGCAACAACAUCGUUCCCAUGAUUCACAUCAAUGACCUGGCAAGUGUGAUUCAGAACGUAAUUGAGCAUCAGCCCAAGCCAUACUACCUGCUAGCUGUGGACUAUUCCAACAACACCAUGAAGGACAUUGUGAAGGCAGUUGUCUCUGCGCUUGGACCAGGAAAGAUCCAGAAAAGGGCAUUUGAGGAAGCCUUCCUCACACAGGACUUGAGUGUGAUGGAAAUUGAUUCCAUGUGUAUUAACCUUCGUAUGGAGGCUGUACACCUAAAGGAACUGUUCUCCAUCCGCUGGGUGUGUGAGUCUGGUCUGUUGGACAACAUAGAGCUGGUGGUGGAGGAGUACCGACAGACCAGAGGACUGCUGCCCAUCCGUGUGUGUGUCCUGGGUCCUCCUGCUGUGGGGAAGAGCACAGUGUCCAAAGAGAUCUGUGAACACUACAAGCUCCAUCACAUCAGACUGAAGGAAACCAUCUCUGAGACCAUCUCAAAACUGGAGGAUGCUGUGAGGAAUGCUGAUCCAGAUGCAGAGGAUGAGAACUCUGCAGCUGAAGCCCAGGAGCUGCUGGGCAGCCUGAGAGACAGUAUGGAGCAGAACGCAGGACUGUUGGAUGAGCAGCUGUUGGUGAAGGUGAUGAAGGACAAGCUGAUGUCUAAACCCUGCAGAAACCAGGGUUUUGUUCUGGACGGCUUUCCCAAGACAUAUGAACAAGCUAAAGAACUCUUCUAUGCUGAAGAUCAUGAGUCAGAAGAUGGAACAUCGCAGAUUUCCUCAUACAACAAGAAGAUUAUGCCAGAGUUUGUGCUGUGUCUGGAUGCGUCAGACGGCUUCCUGAAGGAUCGGGUGAUGAACCUGCCUGAGAGGCUGGUGCAGGAGUACAACUAUGAGCAGGAGCACUUCCUGCAACGGCUGGAUGGAUACAGAGAGAAAAAUACAGAAGAUGAAACAGUUGUCAACUACUUUGAUGAGCUGGACAUCAGCCCUCUGUACCUGGAGAUCACCAGUGAUGAUGAACCUGACAGCCUGCUACUGAUGCAGAAGAUCUUUGACGUGGUGGGCCAACCCAGGAACUACGGCCCCAGCAGCCAGGAGGUGCAGGAGGAGGAGAUGAGGAAGGCUGAACAGAGGAUUAAGAGAGAGGCUCAGGAGAAAGCUGAGGAGGAGCGGAGGGAGGUGGAGGAGGCUGGGCAGAGGGCUGCACGCUGGGAGGAGUGGUGUAAAGGUUUAGAGGAGGCGAGGCAGCAGGAGGAGGAGCUGCUGGAGGCUCAGUCAGUCCCAAUGAGGAACUACCUGAUGGAGCACGUCAUGCCCACUCUGACCCAGGGCCUGAUCGAGUGCUGCACAGCCCGGCCACAGGACCCCGUGGACUUCCUGGCGGAGUAUUUGACAAAGAACAACCCCUUAAACUACUGACAGUAGAGACAAGUUGUUGUGGUCGCACCAUACAUGAUUUACAGGAAACACAAAUGAAAAAGACUGAAACAAAAGACUUUCUUCCUCUUGA